AUGAUCCUUUCUGCUAGUCCUGAGAUCAAGGCAGAGCUUUCUGGAAUCAUACAGGCAUUUCUUUCGAAUAUCGGCUAUGAGUUUCGUCCCCUGGAGCUAUAUCCUGCAGUCGAAGACGAAGUGAAGCUGCAUUUCAAGAAUCACAGAUUCUCUGAUGAAUUUGUUUCGAAGAUCGAGCCACAGAUCAAGCCCAGCGUUGGAAUUGCAACCACGACUUUCCAAACAACCCCCUUCAAUAUCCAAUGCACAGUGGCAAUAUUCACUACUUAUUGUCUCAUCAUUGAUGAUUCUGCCCAUGACCUCGAAUUCAAAAAUCACCUAAAGCGGUUCAGUAUUUGCCUACUGACCCGACAGCCUCAAGCAAACCCCGUUCUUGAGAGUAUGGGAGAGUUCCUAAGCUCCUUUCAUUCUAUCUUCGGUCAAUUUGCUGGUGACAUGAUCAUCAAGGACUUACUGCAAUUUAUCGCUGCGUGCUACACAGAAGCUGAGAGCGAUCAUCUUCAAUUCCCUGCAGGAGCGCAUCUGUUCCCUAGCUACUUUCGCCUGAAAGUCGGCGUGGCCGAAGCCUACUCCUUUAUGCUGUUCCCAAUCGCACAAUUCUCCGAAGUUGAAUGCCUCCGAUACUGUCUACCGAUGAUACCAUAUUUGACAUGGGGUUUCAACUGGAUCAAUGACAUCCUGUCAUAUUACAAAGAAAUUGUUGAGAUGGACAACUGUAAUUUCGUCGCCAACUCGGCCAGAUGUAAAGGGCUGAUUCAGAUUAAGUUUAUGAGGGAGCUCUGUGAUGAUACAAGCGACGUGAUUCGGACUUUGCGCACGCUUGCAACGGCUCAUUCGGGGCUAUCGAAGGUUGUUGAGGCUUUCGUUUCCGGUUAUGUCACGUAUCAUCUGACGCAGACGCGGUAUCAAAUGGAGGAUCUAGAUCUGGCAUUCGUUUCCGAUGCCAGAGAACAAUUUAGUGCUUCUAUUGCGAGCAGAGAAUAA